AUGAAAGAUUUAAUAGAACUGUUGGAACCACAUGCGGAGACUCAUACAGCAUCAUGGAGUAUCCCUUUUUAUUUGCAGGUACUUGCAGCGAUUCAUUUUUUUGGUCAUGGCUCAUAUCAGACUGAUGUAGGCAAUUGCCAUUUAAAUUCUAUGAGCCAGCCUUCAGUCAGUCGCUGCAUUAAAACAGUGACUGAUUUAAUUAUAAAGCAUGCUACACCAAAGUACGUGAAUUUUCCUAAAACCUCAUCAGAAAGAAAUGAAAAUAAAAAGAGAUUUUAUACGAAGUUUGGCAUGCCUGGCAUUAUUGGGUGCAUAGACUGCACACACAUAAGUAUAGUGGCUCCCAAAAAAGAUUACCCCGUGGCACCAGCUACUAUUUAUAUGAAUAGGAAGGGCUAUUACUCAAUUAAUAUUGAAGUAAUAUGUGAUGCCGAUGAACGGAUAUGUUUGCGAGAGCAGAGAUAUCCUGGCUCCACUCAUGACGCAGCCAUUUGGAAGGUUUCGACAGAGAUUCAGGUUACCCUUUGGAAACAUUGCCUACUCACACCAUAUAGGACACCAGUAGGCUCUAUCCAGGAGAAAUACAAUAAGUUCCACAAAAAGACUCGCAAUGUAAUAGAGAGAACAUUUGGUGUUGUUAAAAGUCGUUUUCGAUGUUUGCAUCGUCAAAGGACACUGCAUUAUACACCUGAUGUGGCAGGAAAAAUUGUGUAUGCAGUAUUUACUCUGCAUAAUAUAUGCAGAGUAAAUAAUAUUCCUCUGGAUGAAGAACUGACGGAAUAUAGUGAUGAUUUUGGAAACGGUUAG